AAAGAAAGUGUUUCUCACUACUAGCACCACCAGUGCUAUUAUACAGCAACAAAUUGUAUUUGUAUUUAUCGCAGUCUCUUCUUCUUUACUCUUUGCAAGUAACCCUUUGUAUUUAUUUUUCUGACCUUGUUAGCCACUUUACUGGUUCAUCACACGCUUUUAACACUAUUUUUAAUCUUUAAACAAAGUGACAUUUAAAUAGAUUGUUCAAACGGUCAAUAAAGUUGAAAUAAAGUUGAAAGAUCAUCUGUUAUUGAAAAUUAUCAAAAUGUAUGUCGUCAAACGUAAUGGUCGUCGAGAGUCUGUGAUGUAUGACAAGAUCACCUCUCGUGUGGCUAAACUUUGUUAUGGACUGAAUAUGGACUUUAUUGACCCUCCAGCAAUCACUCGUAAGGUUAUUGAUGGUUUAUAUCCUGGUGUCUCUACUGUCGAAUUGGACAACUUGGCUGCUGAAAUCAGUGCCAGUUUGACGUCUCAACAUCACGAUUAUGCUAUUCUAGCAGCUCGUAUUGCCGUCAGUAAUUUACAUAAAGAGACAAAGAAAAGUUUCACCGAGGUUAUUGAAGAACUUUACAGUAUGUACGACGAGCAUUCCCAGUCUCCUUCACCCAUGAUUGCGGAAGAAACUUAUAAAAUUAUUAUGGCUAAUUCUGAAACUCUUAAUUCGGCAAUGAUUUAUGACAGAGAUUUCAGCUAUGAUUAUUUUGGUUUCAAAACCUUGGAAAGAUCAUACCUUCUUAAAAUCAAUGGUAAAGUAGUUGAAAGGCCGCAACAUAUGCUAAUGAGAGUUGCUGUUGGAAUUCAUGGAUCUGAUAUUGAAUCAGCCUUACAGACCUACGAAUUAAUGUCUCAAAAAUGGUUUACACAUGCUUCUCCUACCCUUUUUAAUGCUGGUACACCUCGACCUCAGCUAUCUAGUUGUUUUCUUUUAUCAAUGAGGGAAGAUAGUAUUGAAGGAAUAUCCGAUACUUUGAAAGAUUGUAAUUUGAUUUCUAAAUAUGCUGGUGGAAUUGGUCUCAAUGUUCAUUGUAUUCGAGCGAAAGGAACCCGAAUCAGAGGGACAAAUGGUUUCUCUGAUGGUCUCGUGCCUAUGCUGAAAAUGUUUAAUGAAUCUGCUCGUUAUGUCAACCAAGGGGGUAAACGACCAGGAGCUUAUGCUAUUUAUAUUGAGCCUUGGCAUGCUGAUGUCUUUGAUUUCCUAUGCUUAAGAAAAAACACUGGUAAAGAAGAGAUGAGAGCUCGAGAUUUGUUUUUAGCUCUUUGGGUGCCUAAUCUUUUUAUGGAGCGAGUUAAAAAAGAUGAAAUGUGGAGUCUUAUGUGUCCACACAAAUGUCCUGGUCUAUUCGAAGUUUAUGGAGAUGAAUUCAAUAAGCUUUAUGUUAAAUAUGAAGAAGAAAAAAGAUACAAUCAGCAAAUAAAAGCUCGAGCUCUUUGGCAAGCAAUCAUUGAUGCCCAGAUGGAAACUGGUGUUCCGUAUAUGCUUUAUAAAGAUCAUUGUAAUGAAAAGUCCAAUCAGAAAAAUCUUGGAACCAUCAAGUGUUCAAAUCUGUGCACUGAAAUUGUUGAAUAUAGUGCCCCUGAUGAAGUUGCUGUUUGUAAUCUUGCCUCUAUAGCCUUGAAAAAAUUUGUUACCGAGGAACAAAAAUUUGAUUUUGCAAGACUCAAAGAAGUUACCAAAGCGGUCACACGAAAUUUAAACAAAAUUAUUGAGAUCAACUUUUAUCCUCUAAAGGAAGCCUCUUAUUCAAACAAAAAGAAUCGACCUAUUGGCUUAGGAGUUCAAGGCUUAGCAGACGCAUUUCUUUUAAUGAGAUAUCCAUUUGACAGCCCAGAAGCUCGUAAAUUGAAUGUCCAAAUCUUUGAGACAAUCUAUUAUGGAGCUCUCGAAGCAAGUUGUGAGCUCGCUGAAGAACUCGGACCUUACGAAACUUAUGCAGGAUCUCCCGCUUCUAAAGGGAUUUUGCAAUAUGAUAUGUGGGGUGUAACACCAUCUAAUCUGUGGGACUGGACAGAGCUGAAGAGUAAAAUUGCUAAACAUGGUCUUCGAAACAGUCUGUUAUUAGCGCCCAUGCCUACAGCAUCAACUGCUCAGAUUUUGGGGAACAACGAAUCUAUUGAACCAUAUACAAGUAACAUCUAUACUCGACGAGUUCUUUCUGGUGAAUUUCAAGUAGUUAACCACCAUCUUGUCAAAGAUUUGACUGAUCGAGAACUUUGGAAUGAAGACAUGAGAGAACAGAUUAUUUAUCACAGAGGCUCCAUUCAAGCUAUUGAAGGUAUCCCAGAGGAUAUUAAGCAAUUGUAUCGAACUGUUUGGGAAAUUCCUCAAAAAAAUAUUCUGGAAAUGGCUGCUGAACGUGGAGCUUUUAUUGAUCAAAGUCAAUCUUUAAAUAUUCAUUUUGAAAGACCUUCUGUUGCUAAAAUGACCUCGAUGCAUUUCUAUGGCUGGGAGCUUGGGCUUAAGACAGGCAUGUACUACUUACGAAGUAAACCUGCUGCAAAUGCUAUCCAAUUUACUGUUGAUAAGAAGAAGAUGAUCUCCACCAACGCAAAGAAGCAAACGACUCCAAUUAAAGAAGGGCCAACCGAAGAAGAAAUAUUCGCCUGUUCUAUUCAGAACAAAGAAGCUUGCCUCAUGUGCAGUGCUUAAUACCACAACCAUUUAAAUGUUCAACAAGAUCUUUAAUAUUUUUAUUUCAAAAUUGUUUCUUUAUCACACCUUGUUUAUCUUAAUUUUUGCACAUCAUUGUUUUUUAAAUAUCCCAUUUAUUCUAUUUACCAAGUGCCAUGUAAUUGCAGUUAAAUGAUUUUAUGAAUAAACCUCUUGCUAUCAGUAAAAA